CCACGGGCUGAGCGGACGCUGAUCUGAUCAUUGCGAUUCUUGAAAUUUACGAUUAGCUAAUAUAAAUAGUUAAUCCGAUCGUUAUUUUAUUAUUCUGCAAGGCAGCGCACCAAACGUGACCAGUCUGACGUAUGUUUGGGCUGGUCCCGAGCUUACCAAACAGUUCUAUCGGAUACUUCAUGACCACCGCGCCAAACAAGGUCGCCUCGACUUUUACACGUUCCAGCUUACAGUUCUUUGAAUUUCUUUCUGGUUAGAAGAUCAACUCGUCCGCUCUCAGUUGCACGUGGCCCCGUCACCUGGCAAGGGUCGACGGAAGCCUGAGGCAUUUAAUCGCAUCAUUUCACCCUGGUGAGCCUUUAGGAAGAUGUCAAACUCUCUGACGCGCAAGGCGGGACUGCGGCUGGGACCACUAGUACUAGAAACGUUGGUCAAACAUUACUUCGAUCGUAUCAAGAAGGAGAAUGCACAACGGUCCAACUUUGCAACACAGUUGCACCAGGAUGAACUUCUGUACCAUGAAGCAUUCAAUAUUGUGAAGAGUUUCCUCGAGGCUUCGACAUAUCACACCGUGGAGGAAGUCCAAGCAUUUUCGAACAAUCGGACACCGUUUCUUCCCUCAUCCCAUAUUGUCCGUUUGCUAGUCCCAUUAUCCUGCUGUGAUGAGGCUGCCACCUACGUCAUCCAAGCGCUUGGUGGAGAAGAACUCGCCAAGCGGUUAGUGGGUGGUACAAAGUGGUGGCAAGUGCGUGGAGUCAAAGGGAUCGAUGCAGAAUGGAUCACGGAUCACAAGGAUUACCAAGAGGUGAAGAAACGGAACAAAGCGAAACAUAAAGAGAGCUCAAAUACGGAAAUACCCACAAGCGAAAGCGAUACCCAGGCCUCAGGUGGACUGCCAGCCUCCAGCUCAAAUGAGGGUAAUAUUUACAAGGAAGAAAUGGACGAAAUGCGCUGCAUACUGUAUGCUCAUGGAGGGGGUUAUUAUUUUGGGAGCGUUGAUCAGGAAAGAUAUAGUCUCCAGCGGCAUGCAAGGAAGAUCAACGGCCGUGUUUUUGCUAUCAACUACCGCCUGGCUCCGCAGUAUCCUUUUCCUUGUGCCUUACAAGAUCUUCUUGCUGCUUACCUUUACUUGAUCAAACCUCCUUCUGAUGCUCCCCACCAGCCAUUACAGCCAGCACAUAUUGUUGUUGCAGGAGAUUCCGCAGGGGGCGGUCUAACCCUCGCAUUGUUACAAAUUUUGCGCGACACUGGACUCCCAUUACCUGCAGGAGGGAUCUUGAUUUCUCCUUGGUGCGAUUUAACUCACUCUUUCCCAAGUAUUCACACCAACACCGCCACGGUAGGCUAUCAGCGGAACUGUGCCGCAGUAUGCUCACCCCAUUAUACUCAGGACGUCAUUCCUGCAUAUGGACUUUCGCUCCAGAAGCCUAGUCCCUUGUGGCCUCCACCGUCAGAUGAGAUGACCAUCACCGUCCAUUCUGGGCUGCGCAAGCGGAUACGUCAGAUGGUCCACCUUGAAUCGAAACAAGAUAAGCACGACAGUGAAGCUUCCCCAAGUGUCAGCGUAUAUCAGGACUCAAGGGGUGCAUCAUUGAUUAACCUAACCGGGGAGGACGAAAGAUCGGCCUGCAGUGAAAUGCCUGUUGACGUAGGCGCUACUGCUCCGCUACCGUCAGUCGACAAGAAAGAAGAUCAGACCAUACGCCUUCUAACCAAUUCAGGUGAAUUGUUGGUGAUAGAAGAGCAGGUGCACAUGUACGCCCAGAAUAGCUUGCUGGGACAUCCACUUGUCAGUCCCGCCCUCUCGUACCUGGGCGGCUUGCCGCCUUUGCUUUUCAUUGCGAGUGACAAGGAGGUUUUGAGAGACGAGGCCAUCUAUUCGGCUCACAAAGCCGCUCAUCCUUCGCGUUAUCCCCUCAGGGAAGAAGUACGCUCUCUUUACCCACCACUCAAAGGGAUAGAAGACCGUUUUAGUCCAACUGCAGUUCAUCUACAGGUCUAUGAUGAUACUGCUCAUGUUUUGCCGGUCUUGUUCUCUUUUACUACCCCGGGAAAAUUUUGCUACCGCGCAAUUGCAUCUUUCACAAAGCACGUCACAGGCAUGAACGCACUGUCCAGAUCUUCCUCCAGUCCGAUGGUCUCUCCUACUACUAGCGCCUUACCUUCUCACACCGUCGUCGGGAGGUUUUCUAUGCUUUCCCGUGCGUUGUCUACGCCUGAAUUCCUAAAUCGCAUCCAGGGCAAAUCAAAUAGCCUGACGUCGUCUAAUGUUCCUGAUUCCGCUUGUCUUUCGCCGCUCUCAUCCAAAUAUCUUCUCCCUCCAUUGUCUCGACCUAGUGUGCCAAAAUCUGCAUCUGACAACGCUCUUUUCGAAUCCACAUUACGAGAUCGAUCUUCGGAUAACGUAAAUUUGGGAGGCAAGGGGAUCAAGGGCAGUGCGUCUGAUUUCGCUGAUACAGUACAGCGAUUUGCAGGAGAGAGUAAGAUAUAUUGCGAUGACGAAAAUCUCCCCUCCUGGAAGGAAGGCAUGAUUCGUGAAAGAGUGUCAACUUCCGGCGUACUUCGACCACUGGAACCAGAGGCAGACUUGGACGCAUUUCAUACUCCCCCGGAAAUCAUAGGAGUCCUUUCAGAGCUCGCCGUGCGACGCUAUAUGGAAGGGAAGGCUAAAUUCGACAAAAAGUUCGCAAAAGACCGACACGCCAUCCAGAAGCAACGUCAUCGCAACCUCGAGCGUUCGAGAAGAGACGUUCUGAAAAACAUUGCACAACUUCAAGACUCGCAUGGUUCGCAGACCAAAAAUAGCAAGGGGAAGGCACACGAUACCGUGAAAGGUAUCAAAGAAGGUCUAGAAGCUGCCUCUGCCAGCUGGUUUUGGGCUUGGGCUUUGGACGUGGACGAGCGUCCACCACCAAGUAGUAUUGUAUCCCGGCGAGAUACAGAUGAAGCUCGACGGCUCGCGCGGAUUGCUGAUCAAGCCGUCCUACAAGAGCACAGUCAUAUAAGCGCCAACAGCUUGUGGGCUGUUAUCGUCAAUUUCUUAACCGUCGCUCCCGAACGUGAUCAUAAACAUGCCAACUCCACUGUCAGCGAUGGUGGUAACAAACCACCAUCCCCAUUACAGAAACGCAAGGCGUUGUUUGCCUCGCUGCGACCUCGAACGCGAGAAGUGAAAGAGUCUGAACCAAGUAGAUGAUGUAGUACAUAUAGUGGAUUUGCACUCUUGCCUAGACCCCUCAAUCGACAAUUUGUUUGAAUUUUAUAGUUCUGUAGCACAGAAAUUGAUAAUAAGUACCUACAUGAUAAUAUAUUGUUAUGCAUAACCAGGAA